AUGUGCGUUCGGAGUAACGGCGGGAAAAUUCUUGGGUUACAUGGUAUCCCAAAGAGGAAUAGAGGUCAAUCCGGAGAAGGUACGGGCGAUAAUGGAGUUGGAACCACCAGGACGGUCAAGGAGGUCCAAAGUCUUAAUGGAAAGAUCGCAGCACUGAACAGGUUCGUCUCAAGGGCGACAGAUAGGUGUUUGCCAUUCUUCCGCACUCUGAGGAAGUCAUUUGAGUGGACGGAUGAAUGCCAAGCGGCUUUCAACAACUUGAAGACGUAUCUCUCGUCUCCACCACUGCUCAGUCCGUCCAUACAAGGAGAGGAACUCUACCUUUAUCUGGCAGUCUCGAGUGCCGCAGUAAGCGCAGCCUUGGUAAGGGAGGAGUACGGGAUACAGAAACCUGUCUACUUUACCAGCCGUGCGCUCCGUGGAGCAGAAGGAAGGUACCCGCAGAUAGAGAAGUUGGCUUUCGUGUUAGUAAUCGCUGCGCGGAGGCUUAAGCCAUACUUCCAGGCGCAUACAAUCAUUGUCUUAACGGACAAGCCGCUGAGAAAAGCCAUGAAUAGCCCAGAAGCAGCAGGAAGGAUGGCCUUGUGGGCAAUAGAGCUAAGCGAAUUCGACAUCCAGUACCGCCCGCGGACGGCCAUAAAAGGACAGGCAGUAGCUGACUUCAUCGUCGAGUUCACACUCGGGGGGAACCAGUUGGUAGAAGAGAAGGAACAGUGGAGUAUCCACACAGACGGAUCCUCGAAUAGAAGAGCCGGAGGAGCCGGAGUAGUGAUUAAAACUCCGCAGGGGGACAUGAUACAGUGCAUGAUCCGACUGGAUUUCCCAACAACCAACAACGAAGUAGAGUACGAAGCCCUGAUCGCGGGGCUAGACCUUGCAAGGGCAGCGGGAGCAAAAAACAUAAUUGUCCACUGCGAUUCACAAGUGGUAACAAGUCAGAUCAAUGGCGACUACGAGUGCAAGAACGAUAGAAUGAAGAGAUAUCUGGAAGAAGUAAGGUACCGAAUCAACAGCCUCGAAGUCGAAUUCAUUCAGGUCCCAAGAGAAGAGAAUGAAUGGGCUGACCAACUAGCAAAAGCUGCAUCAACCGAAUUCAUGCUGGUUCCCGAACAGGUGGUAAACUCUGAACAUAACUGGACCACGCCAUUGAUCUCCUACCUAAGGGACAGGUUGUUACCAGAGGAAAAGGGCACCGCAAGGAAGCUGAAGGUCCAAGCGUCACGGUUCGUGCUAAUGAAGGAUGUCCUAUAUAAAAGGGGCUUCUCUCGACCGUACCUAAGGUGUUUGUGCCAAGAAGAAGCAGACUAUGUGAUGAGAGAAGUACAUGAGGGUAUCUACGAAAAUCACUCAUGCGCACGAUCACUGGUACACAAAUUGAUCCGAGCAGGAUACUACUGGCCUACAAUGAUGAAGGAUGCAUAA